AUGCCAAAAAUAACGAAGAAACGCCGGCGGGAACGUAAGGACGUGCUCGCGAAUGGAUUGUUCAAUAUUCCCGGUCUCACCGGUGAGGCGGACAAUUCUUUGGAAACCUGUUUGGCCGAGUUUGGGACGGCAACGGCAGUACCACUUUUCAAGACUGAGAAAACUUCUCACGAGCCAUUGGAGACACAUUCACACCAAACACGAAACAUCAACGUCACAUCAACCGAAAUCAUCAAGCCAAAAGAUCAAUCAUUCUUUGCUGCCUGUCCCUCGCAUACCAAGGAUUUGUCGGACAGGGUUUCAAGAUGGAACCGAGAGUUUCGGACAUUUGUCGAUCAAGGGACUUAUACGCCAGGAUUACUUCCAUCCUUUGAUGUUGAAGUGGCCCGGCAUUUCCAGGUCAAAGAUUUAUCGGUUUAUUUGUUGGAGUCAUGUCCAGGAAUCAAGAUUCCUGCUUUCGAACGCUGGUUAAUUGAUUCCAAAAUUGAAGAGCGCCAGCGGAUAGCUUUGAACCAAGAAGAACUCUCGCAGCAUAACGACUUGAUCCUCAGUCAUACAACGCUAGAAUAUGGCGCUUCGCAGCGCUUAGUUGCAGAGUUAAGCGACGCAGGAGUUUCCCAAGAUAGGGCAAUCAAGGCGGUUAAAGAGCUCUGUCGACGCACCCAAGCUGCGAUUCCUGAACUUGCAUCCCAAACCCGACGCUUCGCGCUGCGCACGCCAUUACGCAAAGGCGACCGAAUUGAUGUGGUAAAGGACAGUCGCGUUUUCUCGCUAGUCUUCCAUCGCAAGAGUUGGAAGAAACCCUUUCGGGUCAAAAUCAAUGUCUCGCAUUACCACAAGUUGAAAACAGCUUUUCUACGUGUCCACAAUUCGGAUCACCAACUGAAACCUAUUCUGUUGUAUGAUCAUGGAAAACCGACAAAAGCGAUUCAUUCGUUUCAUUUGAUUAUUAUGUCGCUACUCUUGCGCUACUCUGCUCUUUCGGGUGGGCAGCUUUUGGUGGACCUCCGGGGAGGGGGCAUGCAAGGAGCUGUGCACGACGAAGUCUUCGAAGCGUUGCAGACUUGCUUUCCAAACGAAUCGUUUCUCGAAUGCUUCGCAUCACCGUUAAAUUGCUAUGCCGCAAAUUUCGGCUCAGCCUUUACCGACAUCGAUUUUCAUUUUGGAUCGGUUGGCGACUUUUUAGACCAAUCAAUCUCACACGGCGUCUGUGAAGCGAAUCCACCGUUCUCGCCUGGUCUCAUGGAUACCAUGGUAGAUCGAAUAGAAUACAAUCUGACGUUGGCCGAUCAGACGUCUUCCUGUCUGACGUUUGUUGUUAUUAUUCCGACAGCCUCUACCUCGGAAGAUGUCCGUACCGCUAAACGCUUCGCGACCAAGUCUUUUCAACGCAUGCUUGGAAGUGCUGCUUGUCGACUUCAUAUUUCCUUGGCAGCGCGGGACCACGGCUAUAUUGAAGGUGCGCAACAUUUGCGACCAACGAGGUACAAGGAAAGCAAUUUUGAUACAAGUGUGAUCCUACUACAAAGUUCAGCGGCCAGAAAAGAAAACAUCGAUGAAAAUAAUCUGGAAAAGCGACUACGUUCCGCCUUUACAAGUCGUCACAAAGCUGAGGUUGACACACGCAAGGAACAGGAAUUAUCGGAAUAA